CGUGACUCUUGGGCCCACGCGACAGUUAGUGCCCGCCUCUCGAGGAACUUAAACACGGUCCCGAAGUUCGCGAUUUCUCGCGUGACGCACCCAACAUUUCGUUAUUCGGAUAAUUAGAUCAGUGAUAGUUGUUGAAAUCCGCUCGAAGAAAAGUUCAGGAUACUCUUUACUCAGUGUCAAUAAAGAGGACACCACCGCAAACACAUCAUAGACAUUGGACAAAGGAAUGGAAUUUUCAAUUUUGUACAUGGGAAGCUGUUCACGUUCUAGUGGAAAAAAUAUAAAGCUCGGCUGAAGCAUCUAGAUGAUAGAGCACGAUUUUGACUACGACUUCCCUUGGUCAAGACUAUUCAAGUCCGGAGAGGAUAGUUCAGUAAAGUUCUACACCCAGCAAGAUCUUAAUCAUGAUACAUCAUAUACUGAUACUUCUUCUAUCGUGUUUAUCUGCUAUCGAUGGCCUCGAGAAGGUGAUGAUACAGAUUCCACAACUGGUUGCACCAGGUGACACCAUUACUCUCCGAUGCUUGUAUCAACUAGAGGGGGAACCUUUGUACGCAGUCAACUGGUACAGGGGCUCUCAAGAAUUUUUCCGAUACGCGCCGAAUGUGCUUCCACAUGGGCAGGUGUUCCCGCAGGCUGGUAUUAAUGUUGAUGUGAGCCAGUCUGGACCACACUCCGUUGUUUUGAAAGACGUUCAGCCGUACAUGGCUGGAAAAUAUAGGUGUGAAGUUUCUGCAGAUGCUCCACACUUCUCUACGGAGGUCGUUGCUGAUUUCUUGAAUAUUACCCUUCCACCUACGGGAAAGGUAAAACUCCAAGUUGAUAAACUUCACUAUUUCGUCGGCGAAACUUUGAGGGCUGAUUGUACAUCUGCACCUUCCAAACCUGCCGCCAAUAUAACUUUCUUCUUGAACGGGAAGAUGGUAAACCCAUCCAAAACUGAAACACACCCGACCAUUGAUCGGCCGUAUUACGUCACGACUGCAACACUGUCCACAGUUUUGGAUAAAAGUUUCCCAAGAGCCAUACAUGUUCUGUGCCAAGUCAAUGUUCAAGAUAACUUCAAAUCGAGUGCCGAACGGUUUGUCACCAUCACAGAAGAGAUUGAUUCUUACGAUGAGUUCUUUAGAUCUCGUUCUGCUAAUUCAGGAACGCACCCCAUUGGAGGAUUGAUAAUUUUGCUCCAAAUUGCUGCAUUCCAUUGGCUAAUGUAUUCGGCACUGGUACCUCUGAGAUGACAUUGAUGGCAACCUAAUCGGAAACCGAUGGAAUUUUCCGUCAGAAUGCCUUGAUUGUUAUUAAAUUAAUUUUCUUGUUGUAGAUGAUUUAAGUACUACAGGGACUUAGAAUUGGUACCAAACAGAAUAGGCUUUUAAUACGAGCAAUCGUGAUUUUACGUGUCAGCGUUCAUCGUGCUACUUUCGGGGCCAGUGUGUUGUCUUCCUAGGGCUCUUUCUUGUUAUUGCAACUAUUGUAUAAAGUCAUAGAUUAUUUGUCACUCGCUCUAUCUAAAUUAGAUAUUUGCCAUUUUUCUAAGAUUGGAAGCUGAAAACUAGGAGUCUAAGAUUCUCUGAUGAUGUGAAAAAUAUCCUCAAGACGCAUCAUCGGGUGUCCUUCUGACAUUUUAAAAGUAUCUGCAUAAAGUUACAACACGCCGCAUCUCUCUAAAGAAAAAAUUUCCUGGGCCAAGCUCUUUUCUUAUCUAAGUAUUAUGAAUAUUAUUCAUUUCGUAUCGAAUCCAACGUACAAAGACAAACACGUCAACUCUUUAUCCAACUGCCAAGUAAAUUAAGUACUCUGUCGUCAAAUCAUAUAAGUACAUGUUUUUGUUAUUUUUUUAUUUAUUUCCUUAUACCUGUGAAUAUGUACAUACAAAUAAAUAGACUACGAUUUUAUUCAAUUUUUA